GNGAGGAGGCCUUGCUGGACGAGAGCAUGUCGAGGGAGCAGAGGGAAGAGGAGUGGGCGCUGAGAAUGUCGGAGACGGAAGAUGCGAUGAUGGAGUUGAGGCGAGAGCGGGAGCGCGAGUCGGCCUUAAGGACCGAGGCGGAGAAGGAGGUGGCGGCGCUGAAGGAGAGGAUCGUUGAGCUGGAGGCCCACGCUAAGGCUAGGAGUGCCCGCGACGAGGAGACGUCUAGCAUGUCGGCCUCUCUGCAGCGGGCGAUGAGCAGCCUGGAGGACAAGGAGGCGGGGCUGCAGCAGGCGCUACAGGACACGAGGGUGGCGGAAUCAAAGCUCGCUCAGGAGAGCAAGGCAAGGGCGGAGAAGGAGUUCGAGCUGCGUCAGAUGGAAGACGAGCUCGACAUUGCUAAGGCUAAGGCCUCCCAGCUCACAAAGAUGGAAGCGACGGUGGACAAGUACAAGCGGCGAUUGGAGGACAUGGCGGAGCUGCGCCAGCAGGUGAAGGAGCUGGACGACCUCAACUCCAAGUACCUGGACCAAAUGCUCAAGCUCGAGAGCACGGCGAAGACGAUCCCCACGCUGACGAUGAAGAUAGAGCAGUACAAGGACCAGGCGGUAGGGCUGGAGCGGCAGAACUUCGAGGCCUCCUCGGCGGUGGCGGUGAAAGAGGCGGAGGUGCAGAGGUUGAGAGAAGAGCUGGAGGCGGCGUUGCAAGCGAAGAUGUUCUUCGAGGACGAGCUGAUCGCCCUGCGAGACCAGAACAAAGCGCACGCCGAUGCCGCGGAGGAGGACCCCUCCAAGGGCAACCAGAGAGAUCUAUUCGAAGGCGUGUGGGCAGCUAACCGCGCAGAGCUACGGGAGCAAGUGGCACGAAAGGAUCGAGAGAUCGCCCUGCUAAAGGCGCAAGUGGCGGAGGGUGGCGGCCAAGACGGACAAGGGGGUUCAAGGAUAGAAGUGCUCGAGUCGCAACUGGAGGACGCCCUCCGCGUGAAGGACGAGCGAUCAGCGGAGGCGUUGGCGGCGAAGAGGAACGCCGCGGAUCUCGAGCAAAAGAACAACAAGCUGGAGCAGUUGGUGUCGGAGAUGAAGGGGGCGCCGCAGAGCGCAGCACAGGCCGAGAAGUCUUCGGCGAAGAUCCAGAGCAUGAAGGAGGAGAUGGACAGGCUGAGAGUCCUGGCGGACGAUCGCGAGCGGCUGAGUAUGACCGCACAGAGCAUGGAGGACCGCCUCAAGGAGCGGGAGACGCAGGUGAACAACCUCCAGACGGACAAGGAGAAGCUGGAGUCGUACACGAAGAAGACGCUGCACAAGUUCCAGGACAAGUACAUGGUGGCCAUCUCGCACUGCAAGGCGCAGAUCGCCCAGAAGAACGAGAAGAUAGACUACCUCGAGAGCAAGAUAUCGCAGGACAAGGCGGCCUCUAAGCGGGAGGAGAGGCUGCUCAUGUCUUCCGUCUAUGAGCUGGGUAUGGACAUCAUCGAGAGACAGCUCAAGUCAUCGGUUUCGGACCAGAUCCGCGGGGCAGACUCUGCGCCAGGCUCGUCUUGGAUGCAGAGGAAGCGUGCAGAGGUCAAGAAGGCGAACCCUGUGGCGCUCUGACUCUGACGUCCCGAGAAAAGGAUCAAUUUCAUCAAGAGCAGGAAGACGUGAGACGUAAAACAAGAUCCUACCCAAGAAGAGGAAGGUAGCUUGGGCUCACUCUACGGAUACGCGUAAAAUGAUGAGAUAGCGUUUCCUGCCCGUGCACUCGGUAUCGGCUGGCGGCCCUUGCAAGCGGGGCCGAGAGGAGGGGGGCACCGCGUGAGUGCUCCUAUAUAGGGGGGGCGGGGGUGACAGUGUACGCAUAGCCAAGAUAGCCCAGAUGUUUUUUUUUUUUGUAGCGCGACCAGGAGGUCGUAAUUGCAUGCUCACUGGCCGAAAUUGUGCGACUGGAGCGGCCCCCGCCGCAGGCGUGGGUCUGAGCUCGGCGCCGCUGGCGUUGGGCAGCUCCCCUUCCCGCGUGUCUGCCUGGCGGGUGCUACUUCUUCGACACUCGUGACACGUUUCGGGUGUUUCCUGAAGAGUUGUCUGCCUUGCAGGAGCUGUUACAGGGUUGAAACGCUUCAGGUGUUUUCCGAAGAGUUUUCUGCCUGCUAGCGUAUGAGCUAUUGGGGAGGCGCGAAACUUUUAAACAGACCCAUCACCGAACGCUUGUUCGUUUCGUGGAAGCUAUUGGCGAGGCGUGAAGCGUGGGAGUUUCCCUUCCGCCCUGUUUAGCGAGCCGGGUCAAAGUUUGCUCCCGCAAUCCUCAACAUGUCUUCGACAUGGCGUUCACGUCGGCUUGUGUACGAUGACUCGCUUCUCCAACGAACGGGCAGCUAUUUGGCGGGCGUGUGUGGUGGACGUGUCUUUGGAACAUACGCGUGUUGUUUUCGUUCCCAACGUGGAAGUCGCAAGGCAGGGAGGAGUACGGUGGUGGCCAGCCGUGUUGUCACGCUGUUGCCGGGGUGGGACGAUUGGACGCGUAAAGAACGGCCGACUGCGCGAGCAACACCGGUGGAGUUUGAUGCACCUUGAGCACUAGCGUAGGGUGCUGUAUCCUAGAUCUCGCCAUCCUGCGCAGCCAUUCGGCCACGUCGGUUAUUGGUCGAAGGGUCUCGUCAUGAACCGUUGUUUGGGCUUUACGUUGCUGUGCGGGGUGUGCGGUCUUGCCCGCACCCCACCGGGGGUCUAGCUAUGGUGUCCUUCCUCGUAUUUCAUGAAUUAUUGGGGGUAGACGUCCGAAAGGUUUUCCAUGUGACAGCUACAUGGGGCAACGACCUGUACAGACGAUAGUAAGUAGCACUCAUAUGAACAGGUGUAGCGUGCUUGUUCUCCACUGCUGGGGCAGCUGAGUGUGGAUAUCCCACCGGAUCUCUCGUCCGAGUCGCUGAGUGAAGACCGGCCGAGCUGCCGAUGGACGAGUUAGACCACGCCAACGAAAGCACCACCUUUGCAAACAUGCGUCUUGGAUAGAUUUUCUCCCUUUCCCGUCAUGCGCGUCUUGUAUGAACAAAUCAUUGUGAGGGAGAACAGAGGAGAUGCCUGGAUAGUGGUGGACGCGGCCGGGGGGGGUUGAGCUACGGCGGGAUUACCCAUGAAGCUACUGCUUGAAAACGACAGGAGGGUCCCUCUCUAGAUUUGGCAGCGCCAGAGGAUGAUCCCGUCCCUAUAGAUUCGUCGUAAAAAAGGGGGCUGUGAUGCGGGGGAUGCGUGUAGCUUGGUUUGACUGGCUGCCCCCAUGGUAUGCUCAACUGAGCAGGGCGAGGUGGUGUUCGCUUUUGGUGUGAUACUUGAGUGGUGGUGAUUUCGUGUUGCGGCAUCGCUACGUACGGGUUUUAUCGUGUUGGAAGUGCGCGACUGGCCGGUCCUGUUCGUUGUAUUUGUUUUUUCCUCCGUCUUCACCAGGUUGCUCCCGGCAUGUUUAAUGUGUAAGGUAAACACCUGCGGGCCUUCGCAAUUCGUCGUCUACCCUGGCCUCCAUUCUCAUUAUUUUUUUGUGGUUUCAUCGUUAUCUAUAUAGCUUUAGCUGCUUUGUCUUGUUUUUUGUAUGUCGAUUCGUUUGUUUUAUUGAUGCUUCCCCUUGAAAAUAUCGCGAAGGCAAGGGCCGAGUGCGGCAUUGUUUUGAAUCCCAGGGAUAAUAACUGUGCUCCUUUCUUCGCUUGGCGGAGGAUGUCUCGUGACAACGUGUGCCAGCACCCUUGAUUGCUCAAGGAAACUUGUAUCUGAAAACGCCUUACGUACUGUUCGGCGCAUGAGGC